AUGUACAAGUCAUGCAAUGUUUCAGCAGGGACUCCAAUAGAAAACUUCAACACAGUAAAUGGCUCUAUAAAGAUCAACAAUCAUGGCCACAACUUGUUCAUGUGUGGAUUUCCAGGGCACUGCCAAAAAAGCCAAAAGGUUGAUAUCAAUGUGAUUAGGGCUUCUGCAACAAAAUCUCCAUCUCCAUCUCCAUCAACAAUAGAUGAUGAUGAUGAUGAUGAUUUUUGUUCUUGCCCUAACAAAGCUGUCCCUUCCAUGGCUUCUUUAAACCUUAUAGGACCUGUUAUGUUAAGCUAUGACCUCAAAUUUGUGUCUUUAAAGGUGGUGCAAAGUUCAUAUCACUUCAUUGACAAGAAAACAAAUUACAGAUCUUCCUUAAUACCCCAAACCACAUUAUACUGUCCAGGCAUUCUGCAUAAGAAGACUUAA